AUGGAGGAGCAGAGAAAGGCAGAACUGGAGGACAAGAGCGAUGUGGAGGGGGAGCGGCAGCAGGAGGAGCAGAAGCUGCUGCAGAGGGCGAUGAGGAUGAGGCUGGAGCAGGAGGAAGAGAUGAGGGAACUGAACGCGCUGUUCCUCAAUGCCAAGUGCAACAUGAUCUGGGACAAGCAAGUCCUGGAGAAGAAGAUGAUCCAGAAGGAACUGGCGGAGGAGGAGAAGCGCCUGGACAAGAUGUUGGAAAUGGAGAGGGAGAAGGGCAUGGAGGUGCAGGAGGAGCUGGAGCGCUGCAGGAAGCGGGAGCUGAUCAGAGCCAGGCAGGACAUUGUGAAGCAGAUGGAGCAGAACGCAGAGCAGCGAGCGCUGAGGGCCGAGGAGCUGUACCAGGAGGGCCAGAGGCAGCUGGAGCGCCUGGAGCAGAUGAAGAGGGAGGAUCGGAAGGCCUGGGAGAAGAAACAGGAACAAAAAAGAAAAAUCGUUGCUGAAAUUCAACAUUUCAACAUGGAGAGCCAGAGGCUGAAGGAUCAACAGCGGGAGCAGGAGAGGCUGGAGGACGAGCGGGUGCUGGAGUAUCAGCGGCAGAAAGCUGAACGCGAGGCUGCCUUGGAGGCAGAGCAGGAACAGCUGCGCCUGGAGAAGGAGAAGGAGCUGGCCCGGCUCAGGGCCAUGCAGGAGCAGGCCCAGGACUGGCAGUCUGAGCGGGAUGCUCUGAGGGCCAAGAGGAACCAAGAGGUUGCAGACCGGGAAUGGCGGCGGCGGGAGCUGGAGAAGGCACAGAAGAAGGCUGAGAUGGAGCAGAAGCUGAAGCAGGACCGGCUGGAGCAGGUGGCCCAGAAGGAGCAGUACCUGGCCAUGCAGAUGGAGCAGGACCGCCAGGAAUUCCAGAGGCUGCUCAGGGCCCACCAGGAGCAGCUGGAGCAGGAGAAGCUGCAGCAGGAGCAGAGGGAGCUGCGGCAGCGCGCCCAUGCCGAGGAUCUGCGGCGGCAGAUGCAGGAGCUGCGGCGGCAGCGGCACCGAGGGCGGGAGGCCGUCAUUGAGGAGGGCCGGCAGCAGGAGCAGGAGGUCCGGCAGCGCAGCCAGCGCCUCGCCCAGCUCAGGCAGCACAAACUGCAGGAAUUCAGAGCCACCGGAAUUCCUGACAAAUAUUGUGCCCAGGUGGAGCGCAGGGUCCGGAGCCGAGCGGCCCGACCCCACGAGGAACCAGCUGAGAUUCCCCAGAGAUUUGGGGCUCCCAUUAGUUCUGAGUUAUAA